GUUGGCCAGCGGCGGGCGAGGCCCCUCUUCCCCUUGCAAACAGCCACCCGUGGGCACACACAGACCCAUGCGGUCUGCACCCGGGGCACAACCAGACCUCUCCAGCCUGCAGCCAGGAGACGCCAAAGUCCAGAUGCUGCACGUUCCUUCUGCCAGGCGGUGACUUUGGGGUGUGUGAGGAGGGGGAUGCCAGUCAUGUCUGGGGACCCUUGCCACGCAAAUCCUUCUGGAACUGGGGCACAACCUCGCCCCAAACCGGGAAGCCCCCUAGGCAAAAGCUGCGGUUGCCAGACCGGAAUGAUCUGGGAGACUAAACCUGGGGGUGCGAUGAGGAGCCCUGGGCCAAUCCUCCCGCUUUGGGGGACCGCGGGGGUCUCCGAUGUAGGGUCCUCUGUGGGUUUGAGCUCUGUGAGGCAGGAUUUGGCCUCUGUGGGGCAGGAGAAGCCUCGACCGGGGAACAAACUGGAAAGAAUGAUGCCUCUCAAGAUUUGGAGGGGUGGGUUAAGCCCCUUCUCGGGGCUGGAUUCCUGUGGGGUGAGGCAGCGCCCCCCAACCCCCUGGGCCGUUGUGGGGGCCCUGGCAGUGGGCCUGCUGGCUUGUCUUUUCAUGCUGUUUAGCAUCCAAGCCAGCCUGGAAAGCUUGAAAGAGGAGCUGGCCAUGCUGAGGAGAGAAGCACUGUGUCGGGCCCCCGGGACGGAUGGACAACGGGAUGCCUCAGACUUACGGCAGAGAGAUGUUGGCGGCCCGGUGGCUCACGUGCGAAGGACGAGAUGGACGAGGGAUGUGGCGAAAAACCCUCAACAAGAACCUCUCAUGCGUCCCCGCAAAAAACAUUCCGUCUUGCAUUUGGUCCCUGUUCGUCAUUCCAAUAAUGAGGAGGGCGAUGCCACGGAGAUCUGGUGGACGCCUUUCCUGCAACAGGGGGGAGCGCUGGAGGCCAGCGGUCAAGAGGUGGUGGUCAGGAAAACCGGCCUCUACUUUGUUUACAGCCAGGUGCUGUUCCAUGACCCCACUUUUACUAUGGGGCAGGUCUUACGGCGGGUAGCCUUAGGCAGAUCGGAUCAAAUCCUCUUCCGCUGCAUCCAGAGUAUGCCGCCCAAGGUGGAGAAGGCUUACAACAGCUGCUACAGUGGAGGGGUCUUCCACCUGCAGCAGGGAGACCGUCUGAGUUUGAGCAUCCCCCGUUUCAACGCCUCCUUCGACAUCUCCACUCACGGGACUUUCCUGGGCGUGCUGCGUUUGUAGACAUCCGAGCAUCUUUGCAACCCCCCCCCCACACACCCCCAUCCUACCUCUGAGAAAGAUCCCCCAGAAAUCUUGAGGUUCUAAAUCCAGAAGUAGAGCUCCUUCAGCGGAUCAUGGCUUGGGCCAAGAUAGACUUGACACAUACGGGGUGCUCAGAUGCAGGAAAGAGACCAAUUCAAGCUGACGGCGGCUGAGAUUUUCUGCAGAAAAGCGGGGCAGACUGACGGAGCCCACCAUGGCUUAAGUUUCCAGGACACUAUUGGAGAUCCUUCAGCUGGGAGAACCUGAGAAUCUGCUCUGAGUAGAUUCUCAGGAUCUCCCAGCAAGAUCGAAGUCACAACCAACAUUUUCUUGCCUUUUGGGAUGAUGUUUUGCAAAUGUCCAGGAACCGAGAGAUCUAGUCCAGUGUUUCUCAUGGUCAGAAAAUUCCUAUUUAUUUCUAGGUUGAAUCUCUGUUCGUCAAACUUGGCCAGUUUAAGAUUUGUGGACUUCAACUCCCAGAAUUCCCCAGCCAGCUCUUUUUCUCACUAUUCAAUCAAGAUAUAUUAAGUUUCCUGCAUACCCACCAUCUAUUAAGUAAGUUACCCUUAUUAAAAAAUGGCAGAUAAGGUAGUUUAGCCGCCUUUGUUCUUCUCCUAUCCGUGCUGCAGCCCUUCCUUGCUGGGGAAUUCUGGGAGUUGAAGUCCACGUGUCUUAUAGUGGCCAAGUUUGAGAAACACUGGGAUAUGUCCAAUUUGCUGAAUUCCUCCUUUUUUUCUGAAGUGUCCCACACAAGGUGGAUGAAAUUCAGAUAAUCCUCAACUUACGACCAUUCGUUUAGUGACCCGAGUUACUACAGCACUGAAAAACGGAUCUUAUGACCACUCCUCAUGCUUUCAGCAUAGCAUCCUCGUGAUCCCGUGAUCAAAAUUCGGGCGCUUGGCAGCUGAUGUGUAAUUUAUGAUGGAUGCAGCGUCCCAGGGAGAUUACGUGAGUCUCCCUUUUACGACCUUCCUGUGCUGGCUUCCGACAAUGCGGGAAGCCGGAUUCACUUAACAACCCCAAUUCACUUAAACAAUCACGAUAUCAAAUCCAGGAUGAUUCCCUUAAGAACUGCUUCCCUUAGCAACAGAAAUUUUGGUCCCAAUUGCUGUUGUAAGUCGAGGACUACCUGCAAAGCAGCAGAGGCAUUGUUACCCCCACCCCCCCACCCCCCACCCCGGUUUAAACCCUUCUUCCAAAUGCCAUCCUGGUUUGAUGCUCCUUUGUACAGGAAAAAACCCUGCCAAAUAUUUGGUGUUGUUUUUACCAUCGCAAUGCACACAAUCUUGCAAAUCUUUCUAUUUGCCGUUUGCAACCAUUGCAUUUUUAAUUCAAAAAUGUAUUUUUGUCCUGGGCGAAAAAAGAUUGUGCAGAACCAAUUCUUUUGGAGGAAAAAAA